GAGAUUUAUCUGGAUUGAAAUUGUGAACCAAAUCAAAAUAUCUGUGAGACAAUUCUUUCUUUGAUGUUGACCAAAAAAGACAAAAAAAAAAACUAUUGAAGUUGCAGUUGCUAAUAUGUCACGUGCGUAAGUCACGUGGUUCACGGAAGCCGUAGGUAUAUUUUGUGUACUGCUAUCUGUUCUGACGCCGUCCAUAGUGAGACAAAGCGUAUUGGAUGGACGUAUGUUUCAACAUUUUGUUAGCUGGAGGUUAACAAUCCCGCAAUAAAUUAUGCUCCACAACGUCCAACUACUACGCAUGACUUCCUUCCUCUCCGCAAUAAAAGCCCUUUCCUUUCUUCUAACCAUAUUUCCCAGCUUCAAACUCCAUCAACGUCCUCUUUUUCUCUCCCUCGUCUCUAUGCCUAUGUAGUAAUAAUAUUCUCAUCCUUCUAUUUUUCACAUUUUUGCAUUCUCUCCUCAACAAGCAGAAGGAUACAAUAGCCAUGGAGAUCAAUAAAGAGAUCGAUGACAACACCAACACCAAUACCAACACUACAACCGAAAAUGACCGCAAGCAAGCACUCAAAGCGCGAAGACGCCGCUGUCUGAUCGCAGUUGGAGCCACAAUCAUAGUCCUCAUCAUGGUUAUCUUCAUUGUCAUCCUCGUCCUCGCUUUAACAAUUUUCAAGCCCAAGCAGCCGAAAACCGAGCUUAUCUCGACUAGCGUUGAAGGUGUAAGCCCCCACGUCUCCUUACCUGCGGUUCGAAUUGAACUCAACAUCACCCUCCACCUGAAAAUCCUAGUUGAGAAUAGGAACUAUGCUAGCCUUCAGCACAAUGGCGGAAAGAGCUUGUUGUUUUAUCGGGACAACCAGGUGGGGGAUGCUGAUAUCUUCCCUGGAAAUAUUCCGGCCAGAGGCUCCACCACGCUCUCUUGCCGGCUGACAAUCGAGGUGGACCAGAUUAUUGGUCCGGACUUAAGUGGGCUGAUCAGCGCUAUUCUAUCUGGCGAGCUCGACAUGGAAACAAGGACAACUAUUCCCGGCAGGGUUACCUUCCUUGGAUUUAUUAAGAAACAUGUGGUGGCUGUAUCCACUUGCCAGUUAACCGUUGGUCUUCUUGACAUGAAGAUCCGGGACCAGGUUUGUGAGAGCCAGACCAAAAUUUGAGAGUUUCCCACAGAUCCAUUAUCAAAGUGGAAAUAAUUUAUGGCUCGGCUCUCGCGCCACACUCAUUUGAAGCUUCACUGGGUAAGACUGAUUCAACAACGAAAGCUUUAUAUAUCUGUAACUAAUACUAUAGCUCUGGUUUUUCUGUAUGAAAAUGUUCUCUUUUUGUGGAGUUCCUACAGAGUUUUUCUUGAGUUCUUAACACAUACGUCACUGUGAAUAUAUUUGAAUUUUGAUCGUGGUUUCGAACUUGAUUCGUGAUUACGCUGAGCUUUUUCUAA